AUUUAAUUUGACUGAAUACCUCAGUUGACUAUUGGGAGGUGAAUACUGCGUCUGGGGACUUCACUUCGCCGCACUAGUACGGCAACCUGAUUGACAAACAUCACCAACGCCCAUUAACUGGAUAUAGGAAAUGAAUCGAGUCGUGGAAAGAGUCUCUUUCUCAGAUAAUUGAGAAAAUAUACACCCUGCUCAGCGCGCUCCUCGUGUAAUAGCGCAGACUCGACUGCUCAGUAGGGGCUCGUGAUUUCAGACUAGAGCUGUCUCUAUUGUAUGACUCUCAUUCUGCUCCUUUUGGAUUUUUCUUUUCGCCUCGCUUUCUUCACUUCGACUACCGGUAGCCUAUCUGUUCUGCGCUCUCAUCUCUACUGUCCAUUUGCGUCCAUCCAAAAUGGCAACACGAAUCGAUAAAGAGGCUUGCAGGGAAGCUUAUAACCUCGUCAGAGACGAUAACACGGAGAUAAACUGGUGAGUGUGGUGAAAUUAGUUGUGCAUAGGCAAUUGUGGGCAUCUGAGAGUUUACACAGCAUCCUAAAAAUAUAUAUAUUUUUAUAAAAUAUAUAACAAUGUAUGGAUAAUCAAACUGCGCACUUCUCAUUCAUUCAUCCAGUGUUUAAUUUGAUUAAAAUUGUUUCUAUCCUCGCCAUAAAUUACCUCUCUUGGUCUAAUAAAUCAGGAUACCGGGGCAUGACGAAUUCAUUUUGCCUAUCCAAGAGGUACAGUGAUAAUGACACGUAUAUGUUGACACAAAACCGGACACGUCUGCCCUCAUUUGACAGAUCGGUUUUUGAAUUAAUAGCCUACUCACCCUGGUCGCCACUAGAUACAUUGUAAUCCUAUCCGAUAGAUGUCGGAUGAUGGAAGUGGACACGCAUUAGUGGAGUAGACUGGCAUGGAGGAUUACCGAUUUUAUUGACAGACAGGGUCUGAAUAUUCCAUUUGAGAUUACUGUAAGGUUAGUGCAUUUUAAUUCAUUCAUUUAUUGUACCUUUUAUGUUAUUUUAGGGCAGCGUUUAAAUAUGAGGGCCAUAUGAUUGUGCCGGCGGGCCAGGGGACUGAUUAUGAAGAAUUCAAGAGUCAGUGCACAGGUAAGGCCUGGAUUUCAUUCAUUUUUGCGUUUAUGCGGUUCUUUCAAAUAGGCGGCAAUGGUCCUGAGUAAUGGCAACAGCGCUGUAAUAACCUAUAAACCACACACAUUUUAACGAUUUGUUGCCAUGUCAGUCAGUAGUGCUCAUUGAGUUGUUGGAAACUUAUAUUAUCUGAAAUGUUGUUGCUUGUAAAGUAGUAAAGAAUGUCAGCGCUUGAAGGAACUUCGGAUUUGUGACUCCCUGUAGCCUACAAGAGCAAUAAUCUUAUAAAACUCUGUCCUCUAUUGGACGUCAGUAUGCUACUUAAUCCAGAAGUACUGCGACCUAGUUAACAUUUAAUAGCCUAUCUGUCCCGUGACUUCAUACGGAAGUAGGCCUUUCUGGGUUCUUAAAAAGUGUGAACUAUAUAGGUUUAUAAUAUUAGUAACAUUGAAAGUGUGUCCACUAUAUAGGACAUAGUAUAAAUGUGCCACCCCAGGGAGCAAAUCAUGCUGUCACCACCCUAUCAGCACACUUCCCUGACACUCUCAUCCCCUUAAUUAGAUACUUGAGUGUUGGGCGUGGCGCAUAUAAACUCCACCGUUGGUGCGCGCGCCUGUAUUGCACCUGGCUGUAGGCUGCUCCGGUUUAUUUAUGUUUCAGGGCAUAUAUUCCAGUGAUGAAAUUAUGAUUUGUUACGAUCUAGGCCUAUUACUGAUGUAUUACCCUUUUAAAAAGGAUAACUGAUGUAUUACUAUACUAACUACCCAAAUAGUACCCCUGGCUGUCCAAUACUACCAUUGUCUCUCCUCACUUUGAACCUUGUCUUUGCCCAGGGAAUAUUGUUGCUCUAAUCCUACUGUAUAAGAAGUUUAAUACAUUCUGAUGAGUCUGCUUUAACAGAAACUGUGAAAGUCUCAUCCUGUCUUUGAGGGCCACCGGCUGUUGCAGUCAAAAGUAGAUGAGUGAAUACUUCUAUGGGAAGGCUCAGUAAUUGCAUCUGUUGUUUAGAUAGACAUAGUGUGCUAAAAUAAACAUAUGUCUUUCUUAUCAACUAAAGGGCUAAACUAAAGCGUUCUAUUUGUCUUUUUGCUACAUGAUCAUAGUCUCAGUAGUGCAGCAGUUUUCUGGGCACUUGUGUUAACAGCGUUGUCAGCACAACUAAAAUGGAUGUCUUAGAGAGGGAAGAGAUAUUGAGCUCAGUCUGACAAACCAGAACGUUUACGACAGGGGAGUUCAGGCUUGAUACUCAGGAGUUAGCAGAAUUAGUGUUUUCUUUCAACAGUGUUAUAUGCUUAUUCAUUACUUGUCAGCCUUAACCGCUACCACAAUGGGACAAAUAUGUAAAUAAGCACAAAACAUUUGACAUUUUUUAUGAAUUUAAGUGCUAGAAACAUCUCAUUGUGGUCAUUAUACAGAGAAACAGUAUAGACCUGUGUGUGGUCUGGUGGAUAUCGUGGCUAAGUCAUGUGACAUGUAGGGGACAUGCUGGGUAGGUGUUGAAACUAACAAUGGCCUUUGUAACCAUGCUGAUAACAGUUUGAACACUGAUUCUUGUUCAUGCACAACAAAAGCCUUUAGAUGAAUGCUGCUUGUGAAGCUCUGCCAGGAAAAUCUCUAUCAGCAAGGCACAGGUAAACACAGAUAUCAUGCGUAGAUGGUACCGAUCAGUACAGAGGGAACCAAUGGGGCAUUAUUAAUGGUAAGGAAGGGCCAGGGCCCCGACCAGAGCAGAGUCAUGUCAUAAAUGUGUUAUUACUUUUACUAUAAUCUACUUUGAGAAAUGGUUUGGCACAUAUUUGGUGUGUUGGACUAUACAGUCGUGGUCAAAAGUUUUGAGAAUGACACAAGUAUUGGUCUUCACAAAGUUCGCUGCUUCAGUGUUAUGAGAAAUGUUACUAUGGUAUACUGAAGUAUAAUUACAAGCAUUCCAUAAGUGUCAAAGGCUUUUAUUGACAAUUACGUUAAGUUUAUGCAAAGAGUCAAUAUUUGCAGUGUUGACCCUUCUUUUUCAAGAUCGCUGCAAUUCGCCCUGGCAUGCUGUCAAUUAACUUCUGGGCCACAUCCUGACUGAUGGCAGCCCAUUCUUGCAUAAUCAAUGCUAGGAGAUUGUCAGAAUUUGUGGGUUUUUGUUUGUCCACCCACCUCUUGAGGAUCGACCACAAGUUCUCAAUGGGAUUAAGGUCUGGGGAGUUUCCUGGCCAUGGACCCAAAAUGUCGAUGUUUUGUUCCCCGAGCCACUUAGUUAUCACUUUUGCCUUAUGGCAAGGUGCUCCAUCAUGCUGGAAAAGGCAUUGGUCGUCACCAAACUGUUCUUCGAUGGUUGGGAGAAGUUACUCUCGGAGGAUGUGUUGGUACCAUUCUUUAUUCAUGGCUGUGUUCUUAGGCAAAAUUGUGAGUGAGCCCACUCCCUUGGCUGAGAAGCAACCCCACACAUGAAUGGUCUCAGAAUGCUUUACUGUUGGCAUGACACAGGACUGAUGGUAGCGCUCACCUUGUCUUCUCCGGACAAGGUGUUUUCCGGAUGCCCCAAACAAUCGGAAAGGGGAUUCAUCAGAGGAAAUGACUUUACCCCAGUCCUCAGCAGUCCAAUCCCUGUACCUUUUGCAGAAUAUCAGUCUGUCCCUGAUGUUUUUCCUGGAGAGAAGUGGCUUCUUUGCUGCCCUUCUUGACACCAGGCCAUCCUCCAAAAGUAUUCGCCUCACUGUAUGUGCAGAUGCACUCACACCUGCCUGCUGCCAUUCCUGAGCAAGCUCUGCACUGGUGGUGCCCCGAUCCCGCAGCUGAAUCAACUUUAGGAGACUGUCCUGGCGCUUGCUGGACUCUCUUGGGCACCCUGAUGCCUUCUUCACAACAAUUGAACCUCUCUCCUUGAAGUUCUUGAUGAUCCGAUAAAUGGUUGAUUUAGGUGCAUUCUUACUAGCAGCAAUAUCCUUGCCUGUGAAGCCCUUUUUGUGCAAAGCAAUAAUGACGGCACAUGUUUCCUUGCAGGUAACCAUGGUUAACAGAGGAAGAACAAUGAUUUCAAGCACCACCCUCCUUUUAAAGCUUCCAGACUGUUGUUCUAACUCAAUCAGCAUGACAGAGUGAUCUCCAGCCUUGUCCUCAUCAACACUCUCACCUGUGUUAACGAGAGAAUCACUGACAUGAUGGCAGCUGGUCCUUUUGUGGCAGGGCUGAAAUUGGAUUUUUUUGGGAUUAAGUUCAUUUUCAUGGCAAAGAGGGACUUUGCAAUUAAUUGCAAUUCAUCUGAUCACUCGGAGGCAUCAAAACUGAGGCAUCAAAACUGAGGCAGCAGACUUUGUGAAAAUUAGUAUUUGUGUCAUUCUCAAAACUUUUGACCACGACUGUACAGAAAACCCCCCAGCUCUAUUCCAAGACAAUGCAGCUGGUGAUGUAGGUGAACAUGUGAUGUGAAUGUGUGUUUUAGUGUGUUUGUGUGAGAGAGACAGAGAGUGAAAGAGUGAACCCACAAUCACUGCCUCCCCAGUCCCCUCGGUAUUGCUCACAACUCCAGCCCCCUUUUAUUAAGUCUGUUGACCUGAAUACCUCCCCCUGUCUCUCGUACUCACAGAUUUAUCCCACUUUUGGAUUUGGUGCUUGGCCAAGGCAGUGUCACCAUAACAAGCCAAAACUCCCCGCCUGUAUUCAUACUUCUUACAGCAGCAUAGAAAAACUCUCACAGGAAUCAGGCCUUGCCAAUUGCUGGCACAAAACAUGGACAUGGUGACAAAUCCAUUUCUCUAACAACUAUACUGUAAUUAUCUGUCAUGAGGCAGCUGGGAAUGGAAAUGUUCUGCUGUGUCAUCAGCCUCUCUGCAUGUUUCUGCUUGUCUGAUGGUCAGUCUCAUCUCUGACUCUCUCUCUCUCUCUCAGAUGAUGUGCGUCUCUUUGGCUUUGUGCGGAUCACAACGGGUGACGCCAUGAGCAAGCGGGCCAAGUUCACCCUCAUCACCUGGAUAGGGGAAAACGUGAGCGGCCUGCAGCGUGCCAAGAUCAGCACUGACAAGACACUGGUGAAAGAUAUUGUCCAGGUUAGGGACUCUCUGUUCUCACACAUACUCACAUGAUUCCUUCACAAAUAUCAAAUAUUUAUGUUCUGUUAAAAUAUAGUAAAUUAAAUGGCAAAUAAAGUAUAACACAAUUUUGUACCUGUGCCAUCUCUCUAGCUUCGUUUGUCUUUUUUGAAGAGUCUUUCUCUUACAUUCCUCUCUCUAUCAACCCCCCCCCCCCCCCUGUUUGUGUCCUGCAGAACUUUGCCAAGGAGUUCAUGAUCAGUGAUCCUCGUGAGCUGGAAGAGGACUACAUUCGCACCGAGCUGAAGAAGGCGGGCGGGGCCAACUAUGACGCCCAGGGAGAGUAGAACAGAGUCCAUCAGGGCGGGGCAGGGGAGGGGCUGCUACCUUUUGGGGGAGGGAGGGGUCUUCAUGCCUGGAUGAGAGAGUGACGGGGAUAUAUACACACACACGUACAGACACGCAGACACAUUAACACACAGCAACACACACACUCUCACAAAAAAGCAUGUUGAGACACACUCAGACAUAUAUGCCUACAGUCCUAUCCUCAGCCCUCUCACCUGUCAGGUCAUGGAUUAUUAUCUACUGUACUGUGCAUCAUCUCAGUCUCAUCUCAGCUGCGGCACAACGUUAAGAACUCUCUCAAUCUAGGGGGCUGUGUUUGUGUUACAACUGGAAAAGUCACAUUACUGUACUGUUUGUCAGAACAAGGGCAGAGGGAUUCGCUUUGCCUCUAUCUGAUUUGACUUGUCAUCAUUGUGCUUUUACUGUAUACUUCUGUGGUUGUAGUCCAAACAUGCAUCCUUGGUCAAUAGAGGUCCUUCCUGCCCAGCGUUUCUCAUCUCCCAAUCCACCCCCAAGGUAUAUACCCCGCUGUGUUUACUGCCUUAAUCUCCCAUGGAGAGAGGGGCAUCAUGGGAGGCGUGUGUGUUUUUGGAUACUACACUGUGAUUGGCUAUCCUCCACUCAUGGGGGUGGGACUAUGAUUUUCCUAUGGCCCACAAACCAAUGGGACAGGGCUGUAGCACUUUCAGUCAGCCCAACCCAGGAGCAGCCAUUUCUCUAGUGUAGCCUCUCUUUUUAUUUGGAUUAAACCCCCAAAAUGCAUUUUUUUCAACGAUUAUUUUUUAUUUUCUCUAACCUUUGAUUUAUUUUUGAGAGCAAUGUUAUCUAGGAGAUUUGAGGAGACUUUUAAAAACUGAACUGGGCACAUGACCAAUCAUUUCAGAAUAAAAAAAAUGUUUUUUCAAGCUCGCUGGUCUCUUUGUUUGUGUCUAAAGCUCUCAUUUACAUGGACAGGAGGGCUCUUUGGGUGAUGUGAGAAUAAGGUAAAUUAGUUUUGUGGUGGUUGUGAGACUCAGUGGGGCAGUGAUGUAAUGGAAGCCCUUGGCAUUGUGCCACUCUAGUCCAGAGUACACAUAGUAACUGGGCUUGUUUGAGUGGUAAUGUGAAAGCAACUGACUGUAGACAAAAGUCGAGGAGUGAAGUCGGGGGAGGUGCAUCUGCAACAGCUGAAAGUUAGACCCUGAUGUGGUUUUCCAACAGCAAGCCUCAGCGCAACAUGGCAGUGUUGUCAUUGUUUAUAAACAUAUUUUUUUAUAAUGUCAAAAUUAAUAGGUCUCUAACCCCCAUAUCACACACCACAAACUGAAAAUAAUGUGUGUACAUUGUACAAUCAAUUGGUGAGAGAGAGAGCCUUAAAUAUCACAUUAAUUUGUACAUAUCCACUGUAUACAUGAAUUGCGGCAAAGUUGGUUCCUGUUUCAGUCACGUCUUUGGUCACGUUUGCGUGGGUCAAACAAAAACACCCUAAUGAUUGGUUGACAAUAGAGCCUUUCACAAUGCAGGUGAUGCUGCAGGAUGAAGUUGGUGAAGAGCAAUUGCAGAAACUUGCAGUCAAUUCUUCAUGACCUUUGAUAACAUGAUUUUUGUAAAGUUCAUGCAGUCGGACAAUUCUUAUCCCCAUAAUGCAACACACUUUGAAAGGCGGUGACCAACGAUGGUCACCAACUUGACAAAAGUGAUCUACUCGAACGUGCCCACUGUCUCUGGGGGUUUAUGGGAGUAGCAUGUUGUCACAGUCACCACUUCUGUCAGACUCAACCAAUCACAGCCUCAGGGUGAGCUGUUCUGUUCUAAAGCUGGUCAAUAAGAACCCCUCCCUACUCCCACUCCCUCAAUCCCUCUGUUGACUAACCCCUCUUCUCCCCUCUCUCUCCAACCAUUUUCUUUUUGCCACUAUUCUCUCUCGCCACCCCCAUCCAUUCCCCCUUUCCCCCUCUCAGCCGGUAGUUUUGUUCAACAAAUGUGAACUCGACUGCCUAAUUACUUAAUCUAGUAAUCUAUAAGCCUCUUGCAGUCUGCUUUUAUGACAUCUAGUUCAGUUUGUAGUGGGUAAGAGAAUGAUAGAGUGGGUAUGACCCUAUGUGGAAUUUGAAUGCUAAUGUUUGUUUGUGUAGUUUGAGCGUUGAAUGUUGUUUAUCUCAGGUCAAUUUGGCUGCGUUUACACGGGCAGCCCAGUUCUGAUCUUUUUUCCACUAAUUGGUAUUUUGACCAAUCACAUCAGAUCGUUACACAUCAGAUCUUUUUCAGAGCUGAUCUGAUUGGUCAAAAGACCAAUUACUGAAAAAAAGAUCAGAAUUGGCCUGCCUGUGUAAACGCAGCCUUAAUAGCCUCCAGCAAAACUGGUUCAGGUCCAGACAUGGGGCCUGAGUGGUGAAGGGGAGGGAGAACAGGGGACUGAGAGACUAAUAGGUUACAGAGUUCUGGAAGAGGCUGUAGUCAGGUUAAGAUAAGGAUUCAGGGUUCAGUAUUGUCACAGUAAGGCCUACAGACUCCAAUAAUUGAGGAUGCAGGGUGAGAUUACAUCUUGUGUUUAUUGUGUUUGCUUUUAAGUAGAUGUGUGUGUGUACGGCGUGCGUUUAUGUUCAUGUGUGCGUAUAGUCCCCGAGUGGCGCAGUGGUCUAAGGCACUGCAUCGCAGUGCUAGCUAUCCUGGUUCGAAUCCAGGCUCUGUCGUAGCAGGCCGCGACCGGGAGACCUAUGGGGCGGCGCACAAUUGGCCAGCGUCGUCCAGGGUAGGGGAGGGAAUGGCCUGCAGGGAUGUAGCUCAGUUGGUAGAGCAUGGCGUUUGCAAUGCCAGGGUUGUGGGUUCAAUUCCCACGGGGGACCAGUAUGAAAAAUAAAAAAAUAAUGUAAGUCGCUCUGGAUAAGAGCGUCUGCUAAAUGACUUAAAUGUAAUGUGUGUGCUGAUGUGUGUGUGAUCUGGUUAGGGAUGUAUGUAUGUGUGUGUGUGUGUGUGUGACUUAGCCCAGUUGGAGCUGAGUGGAGGAUGGGUGAGAUGGUGUUGUCUUAGGGGACCAUAUUAAUUAGAUGAAUGACUUUAGGGGGUUAAUUUGCAUCCUUGUCACACUGGUGGACAGACUGCUUUCUGAAGCAGGAAGCACCAGUGACUUGGUUAAUAAAAAAGUGGUCAGAUGACGCUAAGCUACAGGACUGUUUUGCUAGCACAGACUGGAACAUGUUCCAGGAUUCUUCAGAUAGCAUUGAGGAGUACACCACAUCAGUCACUGGCUUCAUCAAUAAGUGCAUCGAUGACAUCGUCCCCACAGUGACCGUACAUACAUACCCCAACCAGAAGCCAUGGAUUACAGACAACAUCCGCACUGAGCUAAAGGGUAGAGCUGUCGCUUUCAAGGAGCGGGACUCUAACCCGGACGCUUAUAAGAAAUCCCGCUAUGCCCUCCGAUGAACCAUCAAAAAGGCAAAGAGUCAAUACAGGACUAAGAUUGAAUCGUACUACACCGACUGACGCUCAUAGGAUGUGGCAGGGCUUGAAAACUAUUACAGACUACAAAGGGAAGCACAGCUGCAAGCUGCCCAGUGACACAAGCCUACCAGACGAGCUAAACCACUUCUAUGCUCGCUUCGAGGCAAGCAACACUGAAGUAUGCAUGAGAGCACCAGCUGUUCCAGAUGACUAUGUGAUCACGCUCUCCGUAGCCGAUGUGAGUAAGACUUUUAAGCAGGUCAACAUUCACAAGGCCGCAGGGCCAGACGGAUUACCAGGACAUGUACUCCGAGCAUGUGCUGACCAACUGGCAAGUGUCUUCACUGACAUUUUCAACAUGUCCCUGACUGAGUCUGUAAUACCAACAUGUUUCAAGCAGACCACCAUAGUCCCCGUGCCCAAGGACACUAAGAUAACUUGCCUAAAUGACUACCGACCCGUAGCACUGACGUCUGUAGCCAUGAAGUGCUUUGAAAGGCUGGUCAUGGCUCACAUCAACACCAUUAUCCCAGAAUCCCUAGACCCACCCUAAUUUGCAUACCGCCCCAACAGAUCCACAGAUGAUGCAAUCUCUAUUGCACUCCACACUGCCCUUUCCCACCUGGACAAGAGGAACACCUACGUGAGAAUGCUGUUCAUUGACUACAGCUCAACGUUCAACACCAUAGUGCCCUCAAAGCUCAUCACUAAGCUAAGGAUCCUGGGACUAAACACCUCCCUCUGCAACUGGAUCCUGGACUUCCUGAUGGGCCGCCCCCAGGUGGUAAGGGUAGGUAACAACACAUCUGCCACGCUGAUCCUCAACACGGGGGCCCCUCAGGGGUGCGUGCUCAGUCCCCUCCUGUACUCCCUGUUCAACUCCCUCCAACACCAUCAUUAAGUUUGCCGACGACACAACAGUGGUAGGCCUGAUCACCGACAACGAUGAGACAGCCUAUAGGGAGGAGGUCAGAGACCUGGCCGUGUGGUGCCAGGAUAACAACCUAUCCCUCAACUUGACCAAGACAAAGGAGAUGAUUGUGGACUACAGGAAAAAGAAGAGGACCGAGCACGCUCCCAUUCUCAUCGAUGGGGCUGUAGUGGAGCAGGUUGAGAGCUUCAAGUUCCUUGGUGUCCACAUCACCAACAAACUAUCAUGGUCCAAACACACCAAGACAGUCGUGAAGAGGGCACAACAAAGCCUAUUCCCCUUCCGGAGACUGAAAAUAUUUGGCAUGGGUCCUCAGAUCCUCAAAAAGUUAUACAGCUGCACCAUUGAGAGCAUCCUGACUGGUUGCAUCACCGCCUGGUAUGGCAACUGCUCGGCCUCCGACCGCAAGGCACUACAGAGGGUAGUGCGUACGGCCCAGUACAUCACUGGGGCCAAGCUUCCUGCCAUCCAGGACCUCUAUACCAGGCGGUGUCAGUGGAAGGCCCUCAAAUUUGUCAAAGACUCCAGCCACCCUAGUCAUAGACUGUUCUCUCUGCUACCGCACGGCAAGCGGUACCGGAGUGCCAUGUCUAGGUCCAAAAGGCUUCUCAACAGCUUCUACACCCAAGCCAUAAGACUCCUGAACAGCUAAUCAUGGCUACCCAGACUAUUUGCACUGCCCCCCCACCACCACCCCAUCUUUUUACGCUGCUGCUACUCUGUUAAUUAUUUAUGCAUAGUCACUUUAACUCUGCCCACAUGUACAUAUUACCUCAACUACCUCAACUAGCCGGUGCCCCCGCACAUUGACUCUGCACCGGUACCCCCCUGUAUAUAGCCUCCCUCUGACAGCUCCACAGCUAGGCCAAAGGUAAAGCCAGCUUUUCUCCCCUGUGCUGUGGGAGUGUGUAACUAUACAUUACUUGCAUGUAAGCUAGAGAGAGAGGGAGUAAGUACAUCAGCAGAGGCUGGUGGGAGGAGCUAUAUGUGUUUGAUACUGUUCCAUUUAUUCCAUUCUAGCCAUUACAAUGAGCCCGUCCUCCUAUAGCCCCUCCCACCAGCCUCAUCUGAAGUACAUGUGUAUUAGAGUGAGGGAGAGUUGCUUAAUAAGUGAGUAUGCGAGUUCUGGGAGUAUUGUUCACUCUGGGAUUCACAAGGAAGUUCCUGCCAGCGAUACUCAGCUCCUUCCUGCAUUCCAGAGGCCUCCCAUUUCCAGCAUAUUUCAUAUCCCACACAUCACUGCAGAGUCAUGUGCUUGUUUGUGUGUCUGUGUCUACGUCAGUGAAUGUGUUUGAAUGCCUGUGUGAUCCAUCUUAUCCCAGCAAUGUUCUUCCACUCUGAGAGGGAGGCUUUUUCUGUUGUUCUUUUGUUGUCUUUGGCAAAAUAUAUAAUUCAAACCAGAUAUCACAUUUGACAAAAAAAACAAGAGAUGUAAAGAGUAUGGAGUCUGUUUUAACAUCUUGCCAAUAUCACUGAAAUGUAAUUGAACUGCAUUAUUCACUGCAGCAGUUGACAUUAUCAAUGUCCCUCCCUGGAUUCAAAGAAAAAGGACUCCCCCAGUCACUUAUCCAAAUAUCACAACAUGGGCUAACAGUGACUAGCACGGCUGGAUUGUGUACUUACGGGAUAUUUAACCAACCCCUUGCUGUGCAGAUGAUCUCAUCACUCUCUUCUAUCACAUCUCCUCAGGUGCAAGAGGGGGAAGGGGAGUAAGGGGGAGUGGUGGGCUGUGAGUAGGGAAUAGGGUUCAUGGGACUGAUGGGGUGAUUUUGGUUGGGGAGGGGGGAGAGUUUAGGGAGGAGAGAAAUUGGGGCGAGCAAGGGUGGUAUGGGGGGCCCUUUCAGCCUGUGUGAAUGGGAAAGGGAAUGUGAGUGUGAAUGGGUCAACUCUCAAUGCUCCUGUGUGCCACUCCAGCAUUGGCAUAGAGCGGCCAUUGUCAGGGUCUAAUGAGCUGAGCUGCACUCCAUCCACUCCAUCCAAAUUGAUGCAUCUAUCUGUCUCCUCAGUGCAG